UUGGCCCGUGUCUCAUAGCCGGCGGGAUGAAUGCAAGUGGGCUGGAAAAGAUGUUCUGAAAGAGUGCGCUAACUUCAUCAAGGUGCUGAAAGCUUACAACCAGACCCAUUUGUACGUCUGUGGAACUGGAGCUUUCCAUCCUAUGUGCACCUACAUUGAAGUUGGAGGACAUCCUGAGGACAACAUUUUCAAGCUGGAAGAUUCACAUUUUGAAAAUGGCAGAGGAAAAAGCCCAUAUGACCCCAAACUUCUGACAGCUUCUCUUCUAAUAGAUGGUGAGCUUUACUCAGGAACAGCGGCCGACUUUAUGGGGAGAGAUUUUGCCAUCUUCCGCACUCUGGGCCAGCACCACCCGAUCCGGACCGAGCAGCACGAUUCCCGGUGGCUCAACGAUCCCAGGUUUAUUACUGCUCAUUUGAUCCCUGAAAGCGACAAUCCAGAAGAUGACAAGAUAUAUUUUUUCUUCCGAGAAAAUGCAAUCGAUGGGGAGCAUUCUGGGAAAGCCACACAUGCCAGAAUAGGACAGAUCUGUAAGAAUGACUUUGGUGGACACAGAAGCCUCGUCAACAAAUGGACAACUUUUUUGAAAGCACGGUUAAUGUGUUCUGUGCCGGGACCUAAUGGCAUCGACACCCAUUUCGACGAACUCCAGGAUGUGUUUCUAAUGAACUCGAAAGAUCCUAAAAACCCAAUCAUCUAUGCAGUAUUCAGCACUUCCAGCAAUAUCUUCAAGGGCUCGGCUGUUUGUAUGUACAGCAUGGCUGACGUGAGGCGGGUGUUCCUGGGUCCCUACGCUCACAGAGAUGGCCCCAACUACCAGUGGGUCCCCUACCAAGGAAGGGUGCCGUACCCUCGGCCGGGAACC